AUGGUUGUUUUUAACGGGAAAAUGUUUUUAAAAAUAAUUGAAGCUGAUAAUUUGCGUGCAACAGAACAUUCAACACGUUAUUUUCUUCAAAAUCCAUCAACAGUUUAUGUUAGUCCAUAUAUAUCAGUUGAUAUUGAUGAUUUACCAUUAGGACGUACACAUACCAAAGAAAAAACAACUACACCAACAUAUAAUGAAGAAUUUUCAAGUGAUGUUUAUAAUGGACAACAAUUACAUUUUACAAUAUUUCAUGAUGCUGCAUUACCACCUGAUGAAUUUGUUGCUAAUUGUACAAUUAAAUUUGAAAAUAUUCAUGAUAAAAAAAGUGAUAUAUGGAUUGAUCUCGAACCAGCUGGAAGAAUUCAUAUAUCUAUUGAAUUACAAGGACAAUUUAGUGAUUCUGUUGGUCAUGAACGACAUUUUAAACGAAAUAAACAAGCUUUUGCUCAACGACGUUUUGCUGUUGUACGUCGUGUUUAUGAAAUAAAUGG